AUGUAAGGAGAGGAACUACUACCAGAUCAUAUAAAUGAUGAAAUAUAUCGUAAACUAGAACAUUUAUAUUUAAGAUUAAAUGAAAUUGUUCGUAAAGCUGAAGAUGUCCUAGAUUUAUCUUAAUCAGUUAGUUUUUAAGCAACUCUAAAAAGACUUAAUACUGCUUCUAAAGGAGAAAACUACUAAAAGAUUCCUAAAAAUUAUUUCCCUCCUCCUUCAGAUUAAGAAUCAUUUGAAAGAAAGUUCAAAUUACUCAGAAGAUGUGGACAUAUAUUAUCAGAUACUAUGUUAAAAGUAAAAACUUCUUUAGUAGAAUUGCAUGAUGCAACUUGUAAACAAAAGUAAGAUAUAGUUAAAAUGAAAAAAGAUGAAUAUACAAUUAAACAUGAAAAACCAUUUUCAAUCAAUUAACAAUAGAAAAAUGGAACAUAAUAAUUAAAACCUCCUUAAACAAUUUUAUUAGAUGAAGAUGAUGAUAUAAUGAUUUUACCAAAGAUUGAAUAUGUAAUAGAACAACCUUAGAUGUUAAGUAUUUCAAUUGCUUCAGAUCCUGUAUAUUAUAUCUCUUGUACUUGUUUACUUCAAAAUACACUUCAAUAGUAAAUUCCAGAAGAAUUUAAAUUAUGCAUUGCUAUUGAAUCUUUACAAUAUUAUGAUAAAUUCUAUUUGAAUUCUAAUAUCAUACAAGAAUGCAAGACUGCAAAUAGAAUAUUACUCUAAUUAAAUGGAGAUUCAAAUUGCGUAACUAAAAAUUGUAUCUUUUAUGAGAAAGUGUAUUUGAAUAUGAUCAAAUAACCUAUCAUACAAUUAAACUUUGCUAAAUACAAAUAGGUGAGUAAUACUAUUUCCCUCUCUUCUCUGAUAUUACAGAUUUAUUCAAUUAAUAAACAUUGUUUUUAUAUGGGAUCUAUUAAUUUAGUAGAUUAAUAGGGAGAGCUACCUUUUAAAAGGUUGGAAAUAUUAAGUAUUUAAUUAAUCUAUUACAUAUUCAAUCUACUUCAGGUUUAGUGA